GGCACAUGUAUACGUAGAAAGUGAAGUAGUAGGAAGCAGAAGAAGAAGAAAGUUACAGAGCGCAAUAUCCGGGGGUUGCUGCGGCGCCAUCGUGCGGUCACUGUGCCAUCAUCUAUGAUACUAUAUAACACUCCACACUUGACACUUGACACUUGACACUUGACACUGCAUCAACACAUACACAUUAUUGGAGUUGGAGCCAAGCAAGAAUCAUAAACAUGGGAGCAGAACCUUUGUCCAACAACCACACACACCCUCCUCCUCUCGUUCUAGGACUCCAACCCUCAGCCCUUGUCGACCACGUGGCACGCGUUGAUUGCUCCUUGCUCCAUCAAAUUCCCGGUGAACAUGGUGGCUCCAUACCUGUUGCGCUUGGAGAGCUUGAACAUAUACUCAGGGAGGUGAAAAACCAUGUUAUAUCGGGCCAUGAUCUUGAUGGUGUUAAGACCUUGGCUGGAGGCAGUGUUGCAAACACAAUUCGUGGACUCAGAAGUGGGUUUGGGAUUUCUAGUGGAAUUAUUGGGGCGUGUGGGGAUGAUGAGCAAGGCAAGUUAUUUGUCCAUAACAUGAACUCCAAUGGAGUUGACCUCUCCAGACUCAGGAACAAGAAAGGACAUACAGCACAGUGUGUUUGUUUGGUUGACGCUUUCGGAAACCGAACGAUGCGACCCUGUCUCUCAAAUGCCGUGAAAGUUCAGGCAGAAGAAUUGACCAAAAAGGAUUUUAAGGGCUCCAAGUGGUUGGUGUUAAGAUAUGCAAUACUCAAUUUCGAAGUGAUUCAAGCAGCCAUUCUUUUAGCAAAACAAGAAGGUCUUCUUGUUUCCUUGGACUUGGCCAGCUUUGAGAUGGUUAGGAAUUUUAAACAACCACUUCUGAAGCUACUAGAGUCUGGGAACAUUGACCUUUGCUUUGCCAAUGAGGAUGAGGCAACAGAGCUUCUAAGGGGUGGACAGAAUGCUGAUCCUGAAACUGCCGUAGAUUUUCUUGCCAAAUAUUGUCAAUGGGCCGUAGUAACUCUGGGUCCUAAUGGAUGCAUUGCUAAACAUGGAAACGAGAUUGCACGUGUCCCGGCCAUAGGAGAAGCAAAGGCAACUGAUGCUACUGGGGCAGGGGAUCUUUUUGCAAGUGGGUUUUUGUAUGGAGUGAUCAAAGGUCUGUCACUUGAAGAGUGCUGCAAAGUGGGCGCAUGCAGUGGUGGGUCUGUUGUUCGCUCUCUUGGCGGUGAAGUGACAUCAGAGAAUCGCCAGUGGAUGUACAAACAAAUGCAAAUAAAGGAUCUUCUCACGCCUGAUACAUCCAAAUGAAUAGUAUCAAUCAUAGAAAUUACAAAGUGGUUGCUUCCUUUUUCUCUUUUUUCCUUUACAUUUCACCUCUUGCCACUAAAGGGCACCUAUUUUUCUUCCAUGACUGGUUUGAUUAAUGCAUGCAAGCCUAAGCAAAUUCCACGGAAACACACCAAGUGUACUUGAGGCUUCAAUAUAUUUGAGUUUAAUGCAAGUAGAAUUGCCAUUCCUAGCUCAAUUAAUCA